AUGAGGCUCCCAGUCGCCACAGCCCGACUAGGCCCAGGCCUGUUCCACGCCCCGCCUCUUCGUCCGUUUGCGCAGCCAGCCGGCGCCGCGCGACUGCGGAUCAAUGUGCGCCGCGGUGCGGUCGUAUCAGCUGACGCGACCGCGUGCACUGCCACCCGGGCCGCCACAUCUGCUGAUCGUUGCCCUAAACUGGAUCAUAAGAGCUGGUUUUUGUUGAUUUGUCAAUUUCUGGCUAAAGGAAUGAAAAGUUAUGUACAGUUCGUUUUCCACUAUCGGAUCACCGAAUUCAUGAGACUGAUCGUCGAUGAUGUGGACAUGUCGGAAACUGCUAUGGUCGCCGAUGUAGCCGCUUGGAUGAUGGAGAGAAUCAGUGAUCGUUGCCGUUCUUCCUCCGCUCGUUUCUCGAUAAAUGAAGAGGAUGAGGAUGAGGUGGAUAAUAUCACGUCCGACUUCCUUUAUGAACUGCUCAGCACUUGUGGCAGGCGCGAAGUUGAGCGGGUGGAUUUCGAAGUCGAUAGUGAACCUCGAUCAAUGAGUUGGAGAAACCAUUCGUUCACUGAGGAAAAGGUUACGUCCAUUGACGCGAAGGGAAACCAGCCAUUAGAAGGAACUAAUUGUGAACUAGAUUUUGACGAUGAUUUCAUCGACUUUUUAAAGAAGUUGGAGCAACGACAGGAAAUGAUUAAGCUGCCUUCUCCUGAUUUGUCCGAAUUGCACGAUACUAAGCUGGAUAUUAUAAACGUUGGUAGUUUUGUCGACUCUUUAUUCGAUUUUGACCAGAAAAUUGAACGCAGUCGUGCUUUGAGACGUUUGACAAAUUCUCGCUUCCUUACCACAAGAAAACUUGAGCGGGACAACAAGAACGUGUUUAAGUGUUCGGGGAAGUCUUUGAAGAAGCACUUUCUUUUAACGGCUGCAACACCUUGGUCUUUGCGAUCCAUCCAGCAGAUCAGUUCUAUUGCCGAUAUGGAAGUUUCACCCAGAAUUGAGGAUGUGAUAACGCUUCAGAAUACUGCUGUAGUAGCUCAUAGGAUCCAAAAAAAAUGGGAACGAAUGCACAACGAGGAUAGGCUGUCAAUGACUGCCGCGCUAAGUACCGGAAGUGGAGGCGCUGACGAGAGUCUCCUCCAAUCGGUUCCCCGUGUUGAAAAGGAACUUGAGAAAAGGGAACAUGAUGAGGUCGAGUUUUUGGUUCUCCUUUUUAGAGGACUUGUGAACAUUUCCAAGGAACACAAGAGUUCGAAAUCAUCGAAGUCGCGCGGUUGCGACUUCUGUCGUAGAAUCAGUGUUCCUCGUCCAAAAUCUUUCGAGUCUGAUAAGAUUGCGGAGGAAACGAUUCAAAACCCCAGUUCUAUGGUGUCAGAAGGUUCUCAACAUUCUGUUGACGCUUACACAUAUAUGAAGAGGAAGCUAAAGGAACAUGAAAAAAAGAAGAAGAUUAAUAAGGAAUGUGACAUUGAAUUGGAGCGCAAAAAACUGGAAAAGGAAAAAAACCAGGAAGACAUCCGUGCUUACCUCGUUGGUAGAAAGAUUAUUGAACGCUUCUGUAAGACGUGCGGUGCACAGGCAGACAUUCGUGAUUUUCUUGUGGGAAAGAAGGUGAAACAAACGCAGAAGGCCGAUACUGCGUCAUCAACUAGAAAGGUUUCUGCAGAUAGUGAACAACAGUUGAACAUUGCUAAGUCGAAGCCUUCUUCGAAACAAAGAGUGGGUGGAAAAUACUUCAAGUUAACCAGUGAACCAACGCUUGCUGUUGUGGGAGAAUCAUCGGUAAAUUAUAUUGGUCGUAUAUCAAAUGGUCCGGCUGUUUACGGCAAAUAUUUCAAGAUGAUCAACCUCUCCCGUAAAGAAAUCCAAAUUGAUGUAGUUCCAAUUAAUUGGCCGGAUUAUGUUCAUCUCUUGAAUCCGAUUUCAUCAACUACAUUGGGUCCUGGAGAAACUAGGAAUGUCGCGGUUACAAUAGCACGAUCGUCUGCAGAUGUUAUUUACGAGUGCCAUCUGUUGUCUGUUCUUCAUCGGAACACUCCGAUAUCACCUAUUCUGUCGUUCACCGUUGAUGCACUGGCCACUCAUUAUGAAGGUCUACUUUUGUCGGAUACACAUGGUGACAAAGCAGUUCAGGAGGUCAUUACUCUUCGUGAAACUCCUAUUCAUGGGAACUCUGUCGAAGGAAAUAGCCCUCAAGCCGCUGUUAAAAUCGAUUUAAUCGUCGAUUCAGAUAUAUCUGUGAAAAACCUUAAGAAUGAAAAGUUAAUCGACGACAUCCGUACUGUUAUGGAUGGUGGUUGCGAUCAGUGUUGUAAUAAACAGUUAGUCGACAGCGUUCACACAACUGUAGAGGAUGAUUGCGACCAGUGUUCUAGUGAGCAGUUAAUCAACAGUAUUCACACAGCUACAGAGGACGAUUGCGAUCAAUGUUCUAUUGGUGAGAAAGGUGUGAUCCUCUCAAUCGAUGAUGGUACUCCAUUCGAUGAGUCGUCUGUUUCUGACUUCGAGGUCGUUGAUGUAGAGAGACUCUGA